CCUUCAUUCAGAGCCGUAUGCAGACGGAGUUAGCGAGAAAGUUUUUUUUUUCUUACAGCUUUCACACAUCCAAAACAUAGAUUUGCCGCUUUCAUUCCGCGACCCACCGCUGUUUUUUAAUGAAGAAACCAGUACUUGGAAAGUCGGAGCGAUGUUUACGUUAACUAUAUCUAUUAAUAAACGAGAGAGUAGCAGCAGUAGAGUUCGUCGUGUAGCCUAGCCAGUUUCUCUGUGUACGAGGCUCUGCUGUGUUUCCAGUGUCCGGAAGUUCUGAGGGGGGAAAAAAGUGAGAAAGGCAUGAGAAAAAAAAAAGCAGCUGGAAGAAAUUUUUGUCCAAAACUUUCCGAGCACACGGGAAUCACUGUUUCUCGAGUGAAUCUCACAGAAAGUAACAGACAUCGCGUCUUUUUUUGUUAUCUAUUAAACAACACAACCCGUGUGCAUUAGUUCAUCGAUGGGUCUACCGACGCUGGAGUUCAGCGACUCUUUCCUGGACAGUCCGGAGUUCAGAGAGAGACUGCAGUGCCAUGAGAUAGAGCUGGAGCGCACCAACAGGUUUAUAAAAGACCUGAUCAAAGAUGGAAACAUGCUCGUAUCUGCUCUCAAAAGUCUUUCUCUUGCUGUUCAGCGGUUCUCUCAGUCUCUCCAGGAGUUCCAGUUUGAAUGUAUCGGAGAUGCUGAGACAGAUGAUGAGAUCAGUAUAGCUCAGUCAUUGAAGGAGUUCUCCCAGCUGUUGAGCACCAUGGAGGAGGAGAGAAAACGACUGAUCCAGAAUGCAGACGACGUGCUGAUCUCACCACUUGAGAGGUUUCGUAAGGAGCAGAUUGGAGCUGUUAAGGAGGGAAAGAAACAGUUUGACAAGGAGACAGAAAGAUACUACUCUGUUCUGGAGAAACACCUCAGCCUGUCCUCCAAAAAGAAGGAAUCGCAGCUCCUUGAGGCUGAUUCACAGAUGAGUAAAGACAGGCAAGUCUUCUAUGAUGCAUCGCUGCAGUACGUGUUCAAGAUCCAAGAAGUGCAGGAGAGAAAGAAGUUUGAAUUUGUUGAGCCGUUAUUGGCCUUCCUGCAGGGUUUGUUUACAUUCUACCAUGAGGGCUACGAGCUGGCCAAUGAGUUUGAUCCCUACAAGCAGCAGCUCCAGUUCAACCUGCAGAAUGCUCGCAAUAACUUUGAAAGUACGCGUGCUGAGGUUGAGAGGCUGAUGAAGAGGAUCCGCUCUGCAGAGGAAGACUUCAAAGCCCCCAGUUGCUUUACGAUGGAGGGAUUUCUAUACAUACAGGAGAAACGCCCAUUGGGCAGCGUGUGGACCAGAUACUACUGCACUUAUGAAAAAAGCUCCAAGAUGUUCAGCAUGAGCAACACAGAGGCCAGACCGGCCAGCAGACAGAACGGUGUGGUUAACGUCACACCGGAGGUGUUCAAGCUGCGCUCAUGCGUCAGAAGGAAGAGGGAUUCCAUUGACAAACGUUUCUGCUUUGACAUCGAGGUGGUGGAGAGACAUGGCGUCAUCACCCUGCAGGCGCUCUCUGAGGCCAACAGGCGGCUAUGGAUGGAGGCGAUGGAUGGAAAAGAGCCUAUUUACACUCUUCCUUCUUUGCUUAGUAAAAAGGAGGAGACUUUUCUCAACGAGGCAGGCCUCAACUUUGUGAAGAAAUGUAUUGAGCUGGUUGAAACAAGAGGCAUUACCACCCUGGGACUCUACAGGACCGGGGGAGUGAACUCCAAAGUGCAGCGGUUGAUGACCAGCGUGUUCUCAUCCACAGCUCCUGCUGAUAUGCAGCUGGACGCAGACGCCUGGGACAACAAGACCAUCACCAGCGGCCUCAAGAAUUAUUUCAGGUGUCUAGCAGAGCCACUUCUGACCUACAGACUGCAUAAAGAAUUCAUCAAGGCUGCGAAGUAUGAUGACCAGAAGUACAGAGUGAGAGCGAUACAUGCUCUCGUGCACAAACUACCAGAAAAAAACCGAGCCAUGUUGGAUCUCUUAACAUGCCACCUCCUCAAGGUGUCCUCCCACAGUGACCAGAACCUGAUGACUGUGUCCAACCUUGGAAUGAUCUUUGGUCCCACGUUAAUGAGGUCACAGGAGGAGACGGUGGCCGCGAUGAUGAACAUCAAGUUUCAGAACAUUGUGGUGGAGAUUAUCAUAGAAAACCACCACAAGAUCUUUGGCGAGGCUCCAGACCUGUCAUUGCCAUUACCUCCGGCUCCGUCCUCUCGGUCAACUCCUCGGAGGAACAAGGCCAUCUGUCUGUCUUCUGGAAAGAGGAAGGCCCGCCUCUACCCUCCUACUCUCUGCCUGGCAGACAACGACAGUGACACAUUCAGCAGCAGCCCCAGCACAACUCCGAUGGGCAGCCAGGAGUCUCUGUCCUCACAUUCUUCUGAAAAAAACGGACUGUCUCAGACAUCCCCUCCUUCCUCUCCUACUGCCGAGCCUGACUCGACCACCAAAGCUCAGCUGUCUCCUCCUGCAGCUUCCUCCUUCUCCUCAUCCAACAUCUCUUUAAAUGGGAAGGAUCAGGAACAGCAGGCCAACGGCGCCGCCUCCCCUCGCCUCACGUCUUCCUCUUCCUGGACCUCCUCCCAGCUCCCUCCUGCCCAGCAGACUUCCUCUGUGUCCUCCUCCAUGUCCUCUUUACUCUCUGAAGACCGGACUCUGUCUGUCAAAGGAAACUCAACAGCCUCCUUGUCAUCUAUAAAAGAAUCAAGAACUCCCUCCAUAGCCUCCUUGUCCGGCCAGCACUCCUCUGUGGAGCGAGCCUCCUCUCUCAGGGAGGGUCAACCCAUGCAGAGAGUGUCAUCUGUUUCCUCUCUAAAGAGCACUCAUUCAGUGGAUCAAAAAAACACCUCCUCCAUUGUCAAAGAAACCAAAGUGGCAGACUCUACCUCUCCUUCACGCCAACACAGAAACAUUUACAGGACAGCCUCUUCUUCCUCUUCCUCCUCCUCUUCAUUAUUUCCCUACCGGCUUUCAACGUCUUCCUCUCUCACUUCCCUACACAUCUCUGAGGAUUACAAAAGCUGUCAUGGAUCAGUACAGAGUCUCAUGUCACUGGAGCCGCGAGAUGCAACACAAACACGAAGAAUGACACACAUUCGCUGUGGCUCUGAUCUCACCGGGAAACACUCUGCAGCCACCACAUCCAGUAACGGCUACCAGAGGCCGGUGUCAGUAUUAUCAGCCAGACUGGCGCAGCGUGAGAGCUCAGUCUUCUCCUCAGCGUUAGACAUUUGUUCCACAGGACGGGACGCAAAAGCUCUUUAUUCCUGUGAGGCAGAGCACAGCCACGAGCUCAGUUUUCCACAGGGGGCGCUAUUCACAAAUGUGUACCCGUCUGUGGAACCAGGUUGGCUUCAGGCGACGUACAACGGCAGAACAGGCCUCGUACCUGAAAACUACAUCUCAUACAUGUGAUGUCAUCAACCCAUCACUGACUCACAACAAGAUGUAGAUUAGACUUUAGGGCUGUACAGUACAUAGUUCAUACAGUCAUUCUCUGCGCUGCUGAUCGAAGAUAUAAUAUAUUUAUCAUGUAACUGUGACUGUUAUCACUGAAUCACUGGGGCUAGACAUAAAUGAUGUAUUUACAUAGGACUACUUUGUGCGACCACGAUUUGUUAUUAACCUGAUUAUAUAACAAUAACUGUUCAAAUCUGGAUUUCUUGUUUUUUUUUAUUUUCCUCCAGUCUCUUAAAGAUAUGCGCUUGUUUUAAUGUUCAUGAUCAGCAUUCUCGCAGUAAUCUGCAAAAGGCAGUGUCUAUUAAUAUUAGUCAUUUUUGUGUUUGUAAAUAAUCAUGUUAAGUUUAAAUGUCUUCACCUCUGUGCCUUCAACAGUAUGAACUGAUAUGACUGAAUCCUGCCUCAAGAUUUCUUUUCUGCUGUCCUUCAGUUUUCAUUCUGUCUAAAUAAACUCUUGUCUUUGAAAACA